UUUUUUUCUUUUCUUUUGUCCUUUCAGUUUUUCCCUGUGAUUCGCUUGCAAGAAAGCUGACAAUCAUCUGAUUCGUUAGCCACCAACACUCAUCAUCAGCAAUGGCCGAGCUCAAGCAACAGCACAGAAGUGGAGUACUCUACACUUGUUCAAAGAGAAAGAACAGUGGUGGCUUCACAAGAAAGUGCGCUUCUUUGGUUAAAGAACAAAGAGCGCGAAUUUACAUCUUACGUCGCUGUGCCACCAUGCUCCUCUGCUGGUAUAUCCAGGGAGAUGAUUGAGCUACCAAAACCAUCCUCAUCCUCCGUAUAAAAUAUAUAAAGAUACCAUGCACCACCAACCUCUUCUGCCUUAUUCUCUUUACUUUCUUCUUUAGCU